AUGGGAAAUUCGAUGAACAAGGAAAAGGGAGAAGAAACUGUAGACGGUGGACAAUUAGUGCCGCACGGGAUUUACAAAGGACCUCAGGAUUGGGAUGUUAGAUGCGUCCGCAGACUCAUCAUAGAACGUAAAUUGGCACCAUUCUACAAAGGGUUGGCAGACUAUGACGAGAGUUGGGACGAAGUCACUUUGACAACUCACAAUCUUCCAAAAAAUGGUGAGGUCAAGAAAAGUGGUGCAUUUAAUGGAGAAUUACACACACAAGGAAAUCAAGUUUUAAGACGUUCAGCAACAUUAAACACUGUAGGGACUGCUAAAGGCAAAGAAGUUUCCACAACAAAAUCGUUAGAGGCUCAAUUGUACAAAGGUGCAGCCGAAUGCCCCAUCUGCUUUUUGUAUUACCCACGGAACAUUAAUCAUUCCCGUUGUUGCGACCAGCCAAUUUGUACCGAAUGUUUUGUUCAAAUAAAGCGACCAGAGAGCGGUACAUUAGGUGCCAAUAAUUCACCCGCUGUAUGCCCUUUCUGUGUUGAACCUAAUUUUGGAGUUUGUUAUAAGCCACCUCCUUUCAGCGCCGGCAUCGGUAGUGAAAAUAUGCCUAACGCAAUCCACAAUUUCAAUAUUCCACCAUUGCCAACGUCUUCAUCAUCAUCAUCACUUAACGUGCCUGAAGGAGGAAAAACACGGAGAAGGAGUGUGAGUCACAAAAACCCUGACGUUGUUACUACUGAUCAAAUCCGCCCAGAUUGGGCCGCGCGUGCGCUUCAACAAUCCUCGCGUCAAUCAUCAAGUGCGAGACGAUCUCCAACGGCGACAUCAUCCGGCAAUCCAAGACGCAUAGUGAUCCGCUCACAAGGUACCUCCACGAACACUCCUAGCCGACGUAAUAAUACAUCUGCUGUUGCUCCCGAAUACGGAGGAUAUCUGGCAGCCAUGAGGAUGGGUACCGAUUUGGAAGAGUUAAUGGUUAUGGAGGCCAUUCGACUUAGCCUUUUGGAGCAAGAUGAGAGGGAGAGGGGGGAACGGGAAGAAAGAGAGAGAGCAGAAAGGUCACAAGAUGAGAAUUCUAAUGAUGCAGCUUCUUCAGAAGAUUCUGCAUCAGGUACAAUAACAAAUCCACAUUUAUCCAGUAAUGAGGAAGGUGUUGACGAAGUGGUAGUUCAUGAAAAUCAACAAAGGAAUGAAAAUGAUGAUUCGGUUGUCGAAAGUUCUCAGUUGGAAGUUGAAGCACAUUUUUCUGAACAAAUGCCAACAGAUAAUAGUGACGAUGAUGAAAUUUCCUCAACUUCUCAUUCCCACGGUUACACCUCAACCAAUGUUUCUACGCCAAUAACAACGAGCACAGAAGGUGGAACAAUAGUGAGUACGUCGGCCCUAUCAUCAUCAACAGGUUCGGGACUUUCAUCACCUUCAACAACGAAUUCAACAAAUGACGCAUUACCAACAUCAUAUUCACAAAACAAUGGUAAUAAUACUUCGGAGAUAGCGGAAAUAGUUGAGGAUUCUAGUGAAGGAGUAUUGUCGGAUAAUGGUGCGGAGAAUGAGCUGUCAUCUUUUGAAGUUGGUGAUAGAGAAGGUCAAACGUCAGAGCACGCAAAUGAUAUUAAAAAACCUGAUGUAAUUAUUUUACCAAGUACAUCACUAGUUGAGGAGGCAAUCGUACGUAACGAGACAGACGAUGAUACCAGAGAUGCAAGAAGAGGUUCUUGGGAACACGCUUGA